GUCGAAGGGACAAGAAAGCAUAGACCCCUUUUAAAAGAUCUCACGCCCGGAAUUCCGUGUCCGCGUUCUCUUUGGAACGGAAGGAAUGUCUGUGUGUGUUCUCUGGGAAAGAAAUGGAAACAAUGAAGAAAUUCUUUUACAGAAGCAGAUCUAGUUAAAUUGCCCCUUCACAUCGUUUUCCAGCCCAAAUUCAAUGCCCAAUUGAUAAGAGACGCCUUGCUUCUGGCCACUAGAGGCACGAGGAGUUACGUCAGUAGGUCUCUCCUGCUCGGAAUCAGAACUGUUCAGUUGUUGAAGGCUAAUGCAUGUUUGUGUAUGUCGUUCAGUGGCUCUCACUGAUCCAAAUCAUCCUUGGAAGGAGAAGCAUUUGACGGCAAGAAGUCAGCUUUUCUUGAUUGAGGAACUAAUCUUCAGAUAAAGGUGAAAACAAACCCAGAAGUGGAGCACCAGAUCGAGGUUUUGCUGCAAUUUGGUGUGAAUCGAACCAGCUAUUCCCAGAAAAUAUCUCACGAAAAGCUGGAGCAAUCUCACCAGUUAAAUGUCAAACUUUGAACAAUUUGAUAUAGAUUUUUAUCAGUCAGACUAUACCUCUGAUAACCAAGAACAAGGUUAUAAUGGGUCUAGAGACACUGAAGAUUUUUAUGGAAACAAAAGAGUUUCAGCUGAUGACCUGCCCCAAUCUGAUGCCUUUGCUCCUCCAGAAUUGCUUUCAUCUUCUCGUCCAUACACAGGCCAGAUUUUUCAACCAACACACACUUCUGCAUUUCCAUCUAAUAACACUUACACUGACAGCUUUGAUGAAGAGCCUCCUUUGCUAGAAGAGCUAGGCAUCAACUUUGAUCACAUCUGGCAAAAAACAUUAACAGUCCUAAACCCAACGAAGCCAGCAGAUGGCAGCAUUAUGAAUGAGACAGAUUUGACGGGGCCCUUGGUUUUCUGCUUAGCACUUGGAGCAACACUGCUAUUGGCAGGAAAAGUUCAUUUUGGCUACGUUUAUGGCAUGAGUGCUAUCGGAUGCAUAGCAAUCCAUGCUUUGCUGAACCUGAUGAGCAUAACAAAUGUUUCAUAUGGAUGUGUGGCAAGUGUACUAGGUUACUGCCUACUACCCAUGGUGAUCCUAUCCAGCUAUGCAGUAUUUUUCUCUCUACACAUCCGAGGUUCCAUCUGGCGGCGGGUCUUCCUCAGUAACUUGGUGGAGUCCCUCUGCUUUCAGUGCAAUCUUCAGUCGAGUCUUCCAUUCCAAGUAAUUAUCCGCUUCCAGGAUGGUAAGCCUGAGUUUUCCCUCCAGGGGGAUUUUAGGAACUCUGCUAGCUGUGAUCAUUAUUGGAUGGUGCAGCCUAUCAGCCUCCAAAAUAUUCACAUCUGCUUUGGCUAUGGAAGGACAGCAGUUUCUCAUUGCCUAUCCCUGUGUUUUACUCUAUGGCCUUUUUGCACUUCUGACUGUUUUCUGAGCUGCAUUUUUGAGCCAGCCUCUUCUAUCAUAUCUAUAUAUUUAAUGCAAAGUCAGUUAUUUUGGAUAAUCUUUUGGAGCACUUAUUAGAAAUGUUGUUUGUCUGUGAUUCCCUGGGUCAAAAUACAACUUUUUCCAGCCUGUAAUGUUCAGCUGUUUAAUGAAUUGAGUAUCAUUUCCUUCAGAAUGUCUUCUCUUGUUUGAAAUGUAAACCCAGGUUUUGUGCACAUUCAGUCAGCAUUCUUAAGCUGACCAGGCUGCUUUGUAGGCGGGGCUAGACAUGUUCACAAAAGAUGUUUAGUGUUAUCUCCUUAAUUAAACUUUCAUUGCUUGCUAUGUAGGACAUGAUCAGA